AUGUCUCAUUGUCACUCCAGAGAGGAAAAAGGAAAAUGGAUCCCAUCUAGCUCUAGACCGAGAAGAUGUUCCUCUCUCCGCAUCCCGGAGGGAGACAACUUAUGCCUCAUUAAGGACAACUUGCUGUCAAUUGUGGGGCGUGUAACUAACCCCCUUAUACAACAUCUGAGGACUAUCAUAGACUAUCUCCCACAGCUGUGGAAUGUAGAUUGCAGAGUGGUUGGCCGGGAACUUGGACCCGAAACCUUUCAAUUCAGGUUUGACUCGGAGGAAGCUCUCGAAUCAGUUAUGAGGAAAGGUCCCUACCAUUUCAAGAAGUGGAUGCUCGUUCUCCAACAGUGGGAACCUAUAAUCUCACCAACAUUCCCGUAUCAAAUCACCUUCUGGAUAAAGAUUUGCGGUUUACCUCUACAUUGCUCGUCGGAUCGAGCCAUCAAUACUAUAGGGGAAGAUUUUGGCCUCAUCAGAGGUCGAGAUGAUGCCCAAGACAGGGUUAGGGUACAAAUCAACGGCUUGGAACCCCUAGUGAUGAAUAUGGAAAUCAGAUUACCAAACGGAGAGAUCAAAUCAAUGGAAUUUGAAUAUGAAAACCUGGAAAAGCAUUGUUUCUCAUGCUUCUCUUUAUCUCAUGAUGAGAAAGACUGUCAUCUCACUAAGACAUGGGUAAGGGACCCAAAAGAAGAGACAGACAAACCAGGCUUCUCGAUUGUCAGAAUAAUACGUAUAUAA